UGGUAUCCCUAGUGGGUGACUUUUUGCCCCGCCUCUUAGGGGUGAUUCCUUGGCUCUGCAGCUCCGCCCGUUCUGUGAGUCCGUUCCAAGCGCGCUGAAAUUAAAUAUUGAAUACAAAUUUUUAAAUUGAAUAAUGCGGUCUAUGUAUUGUUUUCCAACACUCCUCUCUGAAAGUUGUUUUUAUGCCAAGUUAUAUUUUUACAGUCUUGCUGCGGUCACACUGUCAUAGAAAACGCGAAAACCCGGCGAUUUUCGGCACGCUUGUUUUAUUUUUCUUUAAAAACCGCGGAAAAAUCAAACAAACAUCAUGUCGGCUGGCAUGCCCAUCAACCCCAAGCCCUUCCUGAACGGCCUGACGGGAAAACCGGUGCUGGUGAAACUCAAGUGGGGCCAGGAGUACAAGGGGUUCCUGGUGUCCGUCGACGGGUACAUGAACAUGCAGCUGGCCAACACGGAGGAGGUGAUAGAGGGCUCCGUCACCGGCAAUCUCGGCGAGGUGCUCAUCCGCUGCAACAAUGUUCUGUACAUCAAGGGCAUGGAGGACGACGACGAGGAAGGCGAGAUGCGCGAUUAGCCACAAGGUGCUCCUCUUUAGAGGAGAAGGAGCUAACUUAUAAGUCUACAAAAGUAAUGAAAUAAAGCUAGUUUUAUUUUGUAAUCCUA